AUGGAAAUUUCCAUUCAUAGCAAAACCUUCCUGCUUUCCUUUUUCUUCAUUCUCUCACAGCCCCUCUCCUUUCUUGUCUCCCAAGCAUGCCAUUCAGUAGACAGACAAGCCCUUCUCCAUUUCAAGCACAACAUCAUUUCCGACCCUUCAAAACUUCUCCAUUCAUGGUCACCUUCCUCCGACUGCUGCUCCGCCUGGGAAGGCGUCGGAUGUGACUCCUCCUCCGGCAGAGUUGUCAAACUCUCCCGUCCCGGACUUAGUGGAGACAAUGACUUCAUCCUCGAUACGUACAUGUCCGGUACUCUAUCCCCAUUUCUUGGUAACUUAUCCUCUCUUCAGCUUCUUGACCUCAGCAACCUAAAGAACUUGAAGGGUCCAAUACCACCAGAGUUUGGGAAGCUAUCCAACCUCACUCAUAUGUUUCUUGAUACAAACAAGCUCACAGGCUCUAUACCAUGGACGUUUCAAUAUCUUUUUCUACUGGAGAAGCUUUAUCUUGGUAACAAUGAUAUGUCUGGUUCUGUUCCCAACUCUGUUUUUGAAGCUGUAAGUUCACUUUUGGAACUAGGCCUAUCAGGAAAUAGAUUAUCUGGGCCAAUCCCAAACUCAAUUGGGAAUCUGGUGCUGCUUACUAAGCUUGAACUCCAAGGAAACAAAUUCUCUGGUACAAUUCCUACUAGUAUUGGCAAGCUGAAGAGCCUAACCUAUCUUGAUUUGUCACAAAAUCGGAUAAGUGGAGGACUAUCUCAAUCCAUAGGUGGACUGUCCGAGCUAGUCUUGCUCUAUCUCAAUCAUAACAAGAUCACUGGAGCAAUUCCUUCUUCAAUAUCCGGGCUUACUUCUCUCCGAUUCUGUCAGUUAUCCGAAAACAAGCUUACAGGCACUUUGCCUGCAUCACUAGGCCAGCUCCCAAAGAUAGAGAGGCUCAUUUUCGAAAACAACAGACUGUCAGGAAAACUACCAGCAACCAUUGGCCAUCUCACAACUCUUACUGACAUUUUCUUCGCAAACAACCACUUUUCAGGCAAGAUUCCUUCAAGUUUUGGCAAUUUGCACAACUUACAAACACUAGAUUUGUCGAAAAAUCGACUUUCGGGUCAAAUUCCUCCUCAGCUAGCAAAACUACAGAUGCUGCAAACUCUGGACCUUUCAUCCAACCCUUUGAGGUUGCUUAGCAUACCAAGCUGGUUCUCAAAGUUGAAGCUUUUUCGCCUACUGUUGGCAAAAACUGGUCUUAAAGGGCAGCUUCCAGUGUGGUUAUCUUCAUCAUCUAUUUCCAUUCUUGAUUUAUCAGGCAAUGCCUUGGCAGGAAAGCUGCCUCAUUGGAUUGGCAACAUGACAAACCUUUCAUUUCUCAACUUAUCAAACAAUGCCUUUCAUUCCUCAAUCCCAGCUGAAUUCAAAAACCUGUCACUUCUUAUGGAUCUUGAUCUACACUCCAACAAGUUCUCUGGUCUAUUGGAUGCAAUACUUUCGAAACAAUCCCAAGAUCCACUCGGCCAAUUCAAUUCCAUUGAUCUUUCUAACAACAUGUUCACCGGCCCCAUUGAUGAGCACAUUGGAGAGGAACCAUCUAUGGCCUCGAUCAAGAGCCUAAUUCUUUCAAGUAACAAGUUGACUGGCACCAUCCCAAAGCAGGUGCUGGAUUUGAAGGAUCUUCAAGAACUUAAUUUGUCGAAAAAUCAACUGCAUGGGGUAAUCCCUCCUCACAAAGCUAGUUUCCCUGCUUCUGCUUUCAUGGAUAAUCCUGGUCUGUGUGGAGCUCCACUUCCUCCUUGUAAUCACUCUUAG